CAUCAAUUCAAAAGGCUGCGAUUAUAUCGUCAAGACCACAAAGACAAUGGAUAUAGGUAAGAAGGCCUGGAAAGUACCUACCUACCUACCUAGAUACCGAGACAGUGUAUGGUGUUGACUUACUACGAUUAAUAUCAUAUUGGCUUAAGAGCCUAAUCCAUUUAUCUUGGAGCUGCCAUUUGCUAGACGUAUGCGUUCUAGCUGCUGGGGUCCCGAGGUUGCUAUGCAAGAAAGGCAGCAAUUCAAGGCAGAGACCUGACUGUCACGGCUUCAAAUGAAGCUUAUCAUCAUUAUGCUCGUUUUCUUCUCUCACACCUGCGACUAUUACGGUAGACGCUCAAACAUACUUGGCCCCUUCAUACCUGUAGCUACUAUCAUGAACUACCUAUAUCGUGAUAUUUAGCUACAGCGAGCGUGAUGAAUUGGUCAAGUUUUUCAACUGAAGUUCUGCUGAUGGUAUUAAGAAUGGUCCUCUCGAUGGAAAAGGCCGGCCACUGCCUUUUCCACCGCAUGCAGAGAAUAGCAGGCCGUCCCCGUGAAAAAACAUUUCGAGCGUCAACAAGGCAUAUCAGAUUUCGCUACGAUUGUCUAAGGAUCGAAAGAGAAGCUGGCCAGGCAUAUUUGGUUGCUGGUUGCGCUUGAUACUUACAACUACAAGCUAUGCAAGGCGUUAUCGAGUGUUACGACGCUGAGAAACAUUGGUGUUUUUACUGCCGCGAUGAAGAUUCUCUUUACAGCCUUAUUUCAUGGAAAAGACCUUGCUGUCUGAGUUGCGAAGGUUUGAUAUUUGAAAUAUGCGCAGGCAUAUUCGCCAAGUGAUUCUGAACAUGUCUUCAAAAAUCAUAAUUUCGCACAUAAUCCUUUCUCCGAAUCGUACGAGAACUUUCGAGCACCGAUUAUCCCACUUAUAUGGACCCAAGAUUUGUCGAUAGAACUUACAUGUGGUACGGAGGUCAUCUAUUCCCGCUGGAAGUUGUUGGUCAUGUGGUAUAUGACCUCGGCUAGUACAACUUGAAAUUUGGUGACUUAUGGCUUGAGCCCUCAGGAGCUGAUUCACUCCCCAAAGGUAAAUGUGAGUACCAAAUUUCUUAUUCAAAGGCAAUUAUCGAAGGAUAAACACUUGGUCUAGGGGGAAUUUUCGAAAGCUUGACUGGGCUGCGGUAAACCAUCUACGAACAUGG